UUUUGAUAUUGUAAGGAGUAUGACCUUUUAAGCUGUAUACUCGGGGGAGGGGAAGGUGGGGGGCAGUGAGUGUCUUAUUAUGUUCUUUCCAUGGUAAAUCAGAUGUAUGCAGCAUUAAGUAGGCCAAUAGACAGUUCUUUAAAUCCAAACUCGGCUAAUUCAUAGCCUUGCAAUGAAACCCCACAACAAACAUACGAGGCGUAUUUGGUUAAAAAAAAAAGGAAAAAAAAGUGCACGCUGUUAUCAGCCUCCUUGUUUAUUUGAAAAGCAUCAUGAUUGGAUUGGAUUAAACGAGAUUACAUGAAAGCAUCCUGUCGUCUAUAGGUUGGGUAACAAACGACAACACCUCUUCAACUCCGCAGGUAAACCAGUGCCCCAGCAAAGCAACAACUCCAUCCCUCAACAUCAACUUGUUGAUGGGCUAAUACUGCCAAGCACUCUUAGCCUACAUCCCCGCUCCGUGUUUUACUGCGGCAGGACGCGUCCACAGCAGCAGUAAUCCUCUUCUCUCCAGCUGCAUCCUCCCUCAUGUUCUCUCUCCUGCUCAAGGGCAAACCGAGGUGCGCCACUGGACGCCGCCGCUGCGCACAGCUGCUGAAGACAGCGCAGCAUCCUCCGGGCUCUCCGCCGGCUUCUGGGACCCUUUUUCAAUUUGGGAUGAGCGCACCAGGGCCAUGUGAAUGGAGCAGAACCGGAUAAAUUGUUUACCGCACUUCUGGCAGCGCAACAAAAAUGUCCAGCACAGGCUAAUCGCGCAACCGGCGUUUACUUGAGGAAAAAAAAAGUGUUGUUGUUUUUUUUAGCGCUAAACUUUGGAUUCAGGGGUCAGCUGUCUCUGGAGUUUGGGUUCAAGAUGGGGAGGAACGAACCUUGAAAUGAAGACAUGGAUAUUACGCGGAGGGUUGGGUCGAUCUUUCUGCUGAAACCCGAAGACUUUAACUCUGAAAACGAUGCUGUGAAUCUCAGAGUUUCGUAUGAAACUCAACCGAGGCAGACACAGACAGAGUUUUAGAUAUGAAAACACAUUCAAAGGAGAGCUUGGCCGUGCAAUGGAAGAAGACAUUCUCAAAGAAUAAGUAAAUUCUAGUACAGGACAAUCAGGAUGAAAAGAUGGCAGCCAUGCUGUUACCAACGGGUCCUGAUGGCUUGCGGCGGUUCACUCGCGAAUCCCUGGCUGCCCUGGAGCAGCGGAUUGCGCAGGAGCAGGCCAAGAGCUCCAAGGAUUGCACCGAGGCUCAGAAGAACGCCGAGGCAAACAAACCCAGGCCCGACCUGGAGGCGGGCAAGCAGCUGCCGCGCAUCUUUGGUGACAUCCCUACAGAGCUUGUCGGGGUGCCACUGGAGGACAUCGAUCCAUAUUACUACAAGAACCAGAAGACUUUUAUAGUACUUAACAAAGGGAAGGCCCUCUUCAGAUUCAGCGCCACGUCUGCACUUUACAUAUUAAGUCCUUUUCACUUCAUCAGAUCAAUCGCCAUAAAGAUUUUAGUCCAUGCAUUAUUUAGCUAUUUCAUAAUGUUCACCAUCCUGACCAACUGUUUCUUCAUGGCCAUGUCCGAUCCGCCAACAUGGACCAAAUACCUGGAGUACACCUUCACUGGCAUUUACACUUUCGAGUCGGCAAUAAAGAUUUUUGCGAGAGGAUUCUGUUUAGUGCCGUUCACCUUCCUGAGAGACCCGUGGAACUGGCUCGACUUCACCGUCAUCGUCAUGGCAUAUGUUACAGAGUUUGUCGACCUUGGAAAUGUCUCUGCACUAAGAACCUUCAGAGUGCUCCGAGCCCUGAAAACCAUCUCAGUUAUUCCAGGUCUGAAGACGAUCGUUGGCGCUCUGAUCCAGUCUGUGAGGAAGCUGGCCGACGUGAUGAUCCUGACCGUCUUCUGUCUCAGCGUGUUUGCCCUCAUUGGCCUGCAGCUUUUCAUGGGUCUCCUGCGGCAAAAGUGCGUCCGGAGCCUCAGUCAUUGCAUCAACUCCUCAUAUAGCCCAAACACGACCUUCACCUGCAACAACAGGACCUGGAGCUCACCAGCGGACUUUCUCAGCGAUGAGGAUAAUUUUUACAAAGUUGAAGGACAGAAGGAUGCUUUAAUAUGUGGCUAUGGAAGCGAUGCAGGGAAGUGCCCAGAGGGAUUUGAUUGUCUCAAAGUGGGAAGAAAUCCAAACUACGACUACACCAGUUUUGAUACCUUCGGCUGGGCUUUUCUGGCACUGUUUCGACUCAUGACCCAAGACUAUUGGGAGGAGCUGUUCCACCAGACUCUGCGCUCUGCAGGGAAAACCUACAUGGUUUUCUUUGUGCUGGUGAUCUUCCUCGGCUCCUUCUACCUGGUGAACCUGAUCCUGGCCGUGGUGGCCAUGGCCUACGAGGAGCAGAAUCAGGCAACCAUUGCUGAAGCCUGGCAGAAAGAAAGGGAGUUUCAGCUGGCCAUGGAGCAUCUCAGACAAGAGCAAAGAAUGGCAUCCAAAAGACAAACACAGGAGACGGACUCCGUUGUGUCCCCAGAGCUUUCGCCGUUCUGCGUGAAAGCAGGAAGUAUACGCCGCAGCAGCAGCAGAAGAAGAAGAUCUCACAGGACUCUUUCGGAGGAGACAACAGCUGAAGCCACUGAGGAGAAGCUGGAGCCUGUGGAUGAAGCUGUGCCUCCUCUGUCCCCCCUGCCAUUCCACCCUUUGCUGGCCACGCUCUCCUCUCACCCCCUCAGCACCAGGAGAGGAAGCCAGAACAGCAUCUUCAGCUCUGUCCGUGCUCGCAAAAACUCAGAGGCUGACUUCGGGGACGAUGAGUACAGCGUCCACGGGGAUGUCUUCAGGAGUCGCACCAGUUCGACUGCAACGCCCUGGAAGAAGAGGAAGGGGAGCGUUAGAAGCCACUGCUCCCAAGUGUUGACGCCUAGUCUCAACGUCAACGGCCGACUGAACAUCUUCCUGGACCAGAACGGCAUCACCACCAUGGGUCUGCUGACCCCGUCCAUGCCGGUUCACAGCAUGGAGAGAUUCAGGGAAGAAACUAAGCCUGGCAGCGGAGUGGACACAGCUCCCAGACUUCUCCUGCAGCCUUCGCCCACAGUCUCAGAGCAAUGCUCUGUGCGCAGGAAAAGAGCUCACAGCUCCUUCAGCUUCUUCAGCGAUGCCAUGGAGGAGCUGGAGGAAUCAAGGCAAAAGUGUCCCCCUUGCUGGUACUUGUUUGCCAAGAAGUAUUUGAUAUGGGACUGCUGCCCCUGGUGGCUAAAGUUAAAGGAGUAUGUGAAGUUAAUGGUGAUGGAUCCUUUCCUGGAUCUCGGGAUCACCAUAUGCAUUGUGCUGAACACCCUGUUCAUGGCCCUGGAGCAUUACCCCAUGACUGAUGAGUUCAACACCAUGCUCUCAGUGGGCAAUCUGGUUUUCACAGGGAUCUUUACAGCUGAGAUGGUGCUGAAGCUCGUCGCCCUGGACCCCUAUUACUACUUCCAACAGGGCUGGAACAUCUUUGACGGCGUCAUUGUCUGCCUCAGUCUGAUGGAGCUGGGCCUUUCCACUGUAGAGGGACUUUCUGUCUUGCGCUCUUUCAGACUGUUAAGAGUCUUUAAGCUGGCGAAGUCCUGGCCCACUCUCAACACUCUGAUCAAGAUCAUUGGUAAUUCAGUGGGCGCCCUUGGAAACCUCACACUGGUGUUGGCCAUCAUUGUCUUCAUCUUUGCGGUGGUGGGCAUGCAGCUGUUUGGCAAGAACUACCAAGACUGUGUGUGUAAGAUCUCCUUUGACUGUACUCUGCCCCGCUGGCACAUGAAGGACUUCUUCCACUCCUUCCUGAUUGUUUUCCGGGUUUUGUGCGGAGAGUGGAUCGAGACCAUGUGGGACUGUAUGGAAGUGGCUGGGCAGCCUAUCUGCAUCCUGGUGUUCAUGCUGGUCAUGGUCAUAGGGAACCUGGUGGUGUUGAAUCUUUUUCUUGCCCUGCUGCUCAGCUCCUUCAGCUCCGACAACCUCUCCGCUCCGGAAGAAGAUGGCGACUUGAACAACAUUCAGGUUGCCAUCGGCCGCAUCCACGGCGGCAUAUCCUGGCUCUUUCGGAGUGUUGGGGACUUCUUCAGCCAUGGAUUGGGAAGUCAAAAGCAGAAGGCCAAAGAGGCCAGUCAGGCUGAGCAAAUAGUUGGAAACCACAUAGAAAGCAACGGAGGAAUUAUUGGAAGCUAUGGAGAAAAGUACAUAGUUCCUGAAGAGGAUAGUUACAUGACCAACCCGAAACUGACUGUUAUUGUUCCCAUCGCUCCUGGAGAGUCAGAUGUGGAGUUUCUUGAAGAAGAGAACUCAGAGUCAUCAGAGGAUGAAGACAACAAACCAGAGAAGAUUAGCCUUUCGGAGGGCAGCACAGUAGACAUGAGGAAGCCUGGAGAGGAGGAAGAUGACCUGUCAGAGCUGGAAGAUGACACCAUGGAGCCAGAGGAUUGUUUCCCCGAGUUGUGUUUGAGGCACUGCCAGUGCUGUGACGUCGACACUAGCCGGGGGCUGGGUCAAGCCUGGUGGAGGCUGAGGAAGACCUGCUACCAGAUCGUAGAGCACAGCUGGUUCGAGACCUUCAUCAUCUUCAUGAUCCUGCUCAGCAGCGGGGCCCUGGCAUUUGAAGAUAUCUACAUUGAGAGGAGAAAGGUUGUUAAAGUGCUGUUGGAAUAUGCUGACAAAGUCUUCUCCUACAUCUUCGUGCUGGAAAUGUUCCUCAAGUGGAUAGCAUACGGCUUCAAGAAAUAUUUCACCAACUACUGGUGCUGGCUCGACUUUCUCAUUGUGGACAUUGCCACAGACCGCGCUAUUGUUAGGGUGUCUCUGAUAAGCCUGGUUGCAAAUUCACUUGGAUAUUCUGACUUCGCUGCCAUCAAGUCACUAAGAACCCUCCGGGCUUUGAGACCUCUCAGAGCUCUGUCCAGAUUUGAAGGCAUGAGGGUUGUUGUGAAUGCUCUUAUAGGAGCCAUCCCCUCCAUUAUGAACGUGCUGCUCGUGUGUCUUAUCUUCUGGCUCAUCUUCAGUAUUAUGGGAGUCAACCUGUUCGCUGGCAAGUUUGGGAAGUGUGUGAACAGAACAGGCUUUAUCCACAGUGUCUCGGUGGUCAACAACAAGUCAGACUGUCUUGCAAUGAAUGACACCCAGUUCUACUGGACAAAGGUGAAGGUCAACUUUGACAACGUCGGACUCGGCUACCUUUCCCUUCUGCAAGUGGCAACAUUUAAAGGAUGGAUGGAAAUAAUGAACGCUGCCGUCGAUUCGAGAGGAGUGGAGGAACAACCCAGCAGAGAAAUCAACCUCUACAUGUACCUCUACUUUGUUAUCUUCAUCAUAUUUGGCUCCUUUUUCACCCUCAACCUCUUCAUUGGAGUCAUCAUCGACAAUUUUAAUCAGCAGAAAAGAAAGUUAGGUGGGCAGGAUAUCUUCAUGACUGAGGAACAGAAGAAAUACUACAAUGCUAUGAAAAAGUUGGGAUCUAAGAAACCUCAAAAGCCAAUACCAAGACCUGCGAACAUUCUCCAAGCCUUCUUCUUUGAUCUGGUGUCCAAGCAAGCCUUCGACAUCAUGAUCAUGAUGCUCAUCAUUGUCAACAUGGUGACCAUGAUGGUGGAAACCGACGAGCAGUCAGAGCGAAUGGAGUCCGCUCUCAACAUUAUCAACCUGGUCUUCAUCGUUAUCUUCACAACUGAAUGCCUGAUUAAGCUCUUUGCUCUCCGAUGUUACUUCUUCACUGUUGCAUGGAAUAUUUUUGACUUUGUGGUCAUAAUUCUCUCUAUUGUGGGGAUCGUCCUCGCUGAUAUCAUCGAGAAGUACUUUGUAUCUCCGACCCUGUUUCGAGUCAUCCGACUGGCAAGGAUAGGACGCGUGCUUCGACUUAUCCGUGCAGCCAAAGGAAUAAGGACGUUACUGUUUGCCUUAAUGAUGUCCAUGCCAGCACUGUUCAACAUUGGCCUCCUGCUUUUUCUUGUCAUGUUCAUCUAUGCCAUCUUUGGCAUGGCAAACUUUGCCUACGUGAAGAAACAAGAUGGGAUUGACGACAUGUUUAACUUUGAGACCUUUGGGAACAGCAUUAUCUGCCUUUUUCAGAUCAGCACCUCAGCAGGCUGGGACAACCUCCUGAGCCCCAUUAUGUCAAGCUCCCCAGAGGAGUGCGACAUCCAUUUUGUUAACACUGGCACCAAUGCCCGAGGAAACUGUGGGAACCCGUCGGUGGGCAUCGCUUUCUUUGUAAGUUACAUCAUCAUCUCUUUCCUCAUUGUGGUAAACAUGUACAUAGCUAUCAUCCUGGAGAACUUCAGCGUCGCCACCGAGGAGAGCACAGAACCUCUGAGCGAGGAUGACUUUGAAAUGUUUUACGAGGUCUGGGAGAAGUUCGACUCCGAGGCCACUCAGUUCAUAGAGUUCUCGAUGCUGGAAAGGUUCGCCGACGCGCUGUCGGAGCCGUUGCGGAUUGCAAAGCCCAACAAGAUCCAGCUGAUUUCCAUGGACCUUCCCAUGGUCAGCGGGGACAAGAUCCACUGCCUGGACAUCUUGUUUGCGUUUACGAAACGCGUACUGGGCGAGUCAGGGGACAUGGACACCCUCAAACAGCAGAUGGAGGAAAAGUUCAUGAUGACCAACCCCUCUAAAGUCGCCCACGAGCCCAUCACUUCCACGUUACGCCAUAAAAUGGAGGAGGUGUCUGCAGUCAUCAUCCAGAGGUGCUACAGGAGACAUCUGAUGCGACGGCAAAUGAAGCAGGCGUCUUACCUCUACAGACAAAUCAACUACGAGACUGUGGUGGAUGUGGAGAAUGCUCCUGAGACGGAGGGGCUCAUAGCUUCCAUGAUAGAGCACUUUGGUCCCAUGGCGGUUCAAGUUGAAGAGACAGUGGAGGACAUGCUGUCGUCCUCACCACCAUCAUACGAUACUGCUACUUGGGGGGCCUGCAUGAACCCCUCUGCUACAAUCAGAACCGCAUCCAGAGGCCCUGAACUCAGGGACCCGGCUGAAAGCUAUGAGGAAACAUUUCUUUGAGACCGUAUGGAGAGCGAUUGUCAGCUUUAUUCACAGCAACGAGCUUUGAUUGAACAAUACUACACAUUAAGCAGUUUUUUUUAAGGUUUUAUAAGAUGCAGAGGAUAUAUGCAAUUUUUUAUGGAGCUCAUUGCCUCGAUUUUAGUAGAAAGACGAUCCUAAAUAGAUGUAAUUUUCACAUCGACAAUAGGUUCUAUAGAUAAUAUUUUAAGACCCCUCUAGAAAGGUUGGAGGAAUGUUCUUAUAUUGACAGUGAUCUGAAGGUCAAUAUUUAAAUGCCAGACAUGAUAUCAGUACAACUCUAACAGCAGAUUUUACAUGCAGUGUUGCUCACAUACACCGCGCCAUCAUUUGUUAAGGAUUUUGAAACAGCUUAUCUGCACUUUAACUAAAACACUGGGUGGUCAUUCUGUUGAUUGUAUAAACACGUAAUUACUCAUAUUAAGUGUUAUCCUUUAAAUUCCCCACACAUUUGGCACGCACAGAUCUGUAAUCAUAAAUCAUUUCCAAGGUAAAGGAUUCCUGCUGGUGUUCGACCUGCAAAGUGCUUUAAAAUGCAUUUCUUCCUUUUAUUCAGAUCUCCUUUGAGUAGGUUGCCUUCUCCCUGCUUUUCAUGACUUGCGAGAAAACCUGCGAUGUUCUGCAUGCAAAAAUGUAGAAGGUUCAAACUUUCCAGUGACUCUGUACUCACUGAAAACAAUUGUUUUCUCAUAAAACCUUUGUGAUGAUCCUGUUAUCUGCAUUUUUAAAUAUUUAUCAGAUUUCUGUGCAUCAAUGAACUGUAGGUGUAACCUCUGAGCGGAGGCUUUUGCCUGAGCUCAGCCCAAAGCUGGAAAAAUAUCUUUUAAGUCUGCAAAAUUAUUUUUAGAGGACGUUUCAGUCUACUUUUUAAUGAAUUAUGUUUACUAGGAAUCUGCUCACAGAAAUGUUCGGAACCAAAAGUGAAGGUAGUAAGAGAUGAUGUGU